UGUCAAUAGCUGUUUGUUCACCUUCCCACUCUGCAAAUUUCUCUGUUCCCACAAACAAUUAUUCCCCUUCUGUGAGGAUAAAAACCUAUCCGCAAUCUCAGAUUCCUUUCACCCUCAGUCAAAAUUACAGUCCCACUGAUUCUCAGCAAGGUCCAAACUAGAGCUUACAACAGCACCAUGUGUCCUGUAGCUUAAAUUUAUGCACUCUGGCAUUUCAGAGUCUAAUGUACGUGAACUCUUAGUUGUCUCUGGUCCACAUUAGAGGUGCUCUCAAUGUAUUUUGAUACUUCCUCAACCCAGAUGAUCAUAGUCAAGGUUGUCUCAGGUUGUGAGACAUUAUAAACUGAGAAAUAUCAUUCAUGUUCAGCUUCACACAAUUCUCUACGUGCAUUUCGUCUCCUUUGAGCUAUGAAAUGCUGAUGUCACACUGAGAGAAGGAGUUUGACGUGCGUAGGGCGUGUACGUGAGCAUGCGUGUGCUGAUGUCGCCGAGCCAUUCAGUGAGUGACACAUUGAACUGCAGUCAGGAAUGCUGUGAAUCCUGUGAGAAGAGGAAAAGGCAAAAAAAAGUCAAUGGCAGAGGGAGGAGAGAGAAAGGGAGACGGACAGACAGACAGACAGAUAGAAAGAGGACAAACCAGUGUGGCAGGUUUGAGUCACUGUACGCAGUCCAUCAUGCAAAGCUGAUGGAAAGAGAAGAGGACAGAGGAAGGAGCUGAUGUCAUUACGCAGCACUGCCUUCAUGAUAAACCCCAGCGGCAACACAGGGUGUAGGACAAACAGAGAAAUGCCUCCUGGAAAAGCUGUUCACUGAGGUCGGGCUGGAACCGAAGACUCCUGGCGACAAAAGAGAAGAGACGGCAAGAAGAUGAGUCCAGAGGAGUCGUCGAUUCUAGCCCCAGGAGAGACUCAUCGGGAGCGUCGCUGAAAUAUCAAAGCUUAAUGCAUGUGUUUCUGCUUCUAAACUUCUGUGCCAAGCUUUAUAUUUUGCCCUCAUUUAAAGCUGCAGCUUUUAAAAGGCCGGCCUCCAGAGUCCCCUGCACAGAAUCGCCUGCAUAUCAAGUUCUCCCUUCAGUUCUCUUUUUUUUUUUGGGAUUUGGCACCAGACAGGAGAUCAUUACCGUUGUUUACUCGCAGACAAUGGACUUGUCCUUUCUCCCUUCGGCCAGUGAGCAGAGGACAGGAGCCCGCUUCACUGUCCGCUCAGCGAACUCCCCCAGCUACACUCCCAGUCACGGCCGAGGUGGUAGGAACCUGCUGAGCCCUCACGAAGCCAGAGACGAAGUCAGACAUGUUACACAUGGUGCCACCAAUGGUGCAAACAAGGAGGAGCACGCACUUCUUGGGAGUCACGAGAGACGCAGCAGUGUCAGAGGUCGGUGCGAGACAAAGGAGGACUCGGACAGAUUUAGCAAACUGUACCAGAACGGCACAGCAGAGUUCGACAGGAGUGAGAACCCUGCUUUCGAGGGCGCUGGCAGGAGAGAGGGGAGGAAAUACAGCUCGCAAAGCAGAAGUAUGAGCUUGGACCGGAGAGACGGACUGCGCGCCACUGAUUCCAGCACCAGAGUCGACACAACCGUGAUGUCGGCCAAAGAAGAAAAGCUGCCUAGAGAACUGGAGAAAGAGCAGACGGGAGUUGAAAAUGUGAGGAGGGCCUACAAGGGUCAUUCCUUCCCCUCCAGGAAGAGAUCCCAGUCUGAGCACAGCAUAGUCAUAGAGAAUUCAUUCUGGCCCAAAGGACAGAGUAUAAUGGAACGGAUCGAGAAGCUCUACGGGUCUGCAGGUUAUGACAAAGCCAAGGAGGAGAGCAGGAUUAAAGGGGUCCCCACCACCACAGACCUAGCACAGCAGAAGCUGUAUAAGUGGGCAGAUGGAGGAACUUUCCCCAGGCGUUUUUCAUCAGGAGUGGGAAACGGCCUCGGUUCAGAGAAAACACCUCAAAAAGACAAAUACUUCGACAGUUCAGUUACUGCUGUGGGAUACAGGAGGUUCUCAGGGGGCCAGUGGCAGGAGCAGAUGCAGGGCAGGUAUGCAGAGGAGGGUGGAGGUUCCUGGAUGAAAGGGUCAGGGACGAGGUCACUGGACCGAGCCAGGAGCAGGAACACCUUAGCAGCUCAGCUCCGAUCAGCCAGGGCUGCAGCAGAGGUCAAAGAAGAGCCAGAGUCAAAGGGCCCAAAGGAAGAGUCACAGUCAAAGGGCCCAAAGGAAGAGUCACAGUCAAAGGGCCCAAAGGAAGAGUCACAGUCAAAGGGCCCAAAAGAAGAGCCAACAGUUUUCAAAGACCUGUUUCACCUGAGAGAGAGAAACACGAGUGGAAGUAAAGAUCAGAGCAGAUCCAACCACAAGGAAGAAAGAAACGAACCCAAGAGCAGCAACACAGAUGAAGACGUGUUCGAGUCAUAUUCAGGAAAAGUCGCGGAGAGGAACAAGUUCUCGAAGGCGCUCUCGCCUCCUUCUUCGACGAGUGUGAGGAACAAAAUCAAUCAGUUCGAAGCCCUGUCACAGAGAGUUCAGGGCUCUGUGCCCAGAAGAGCCUUCUCUGUGCCUGCACAAUGCAGCACCAGAGCUUUGGGCGGUUUGAGGGACAAAUGGGAGGGAAUGAAAGAGGCGGAGGUUCCGGGCGAUAACCCUGAAAAGAAAACUGAAGAAGCGGGAGCAAAGUUCUGGACAGAGAGGGCGUUAUCAGUGGAUGAAGGUAGACUACGACUGAGGAGGGAAGAGAAACAGAAGGAUAAUUUAGUUGGGAGGAAACACACAGGACUCAGUAGCGUUGACAGCCUCGGGGAAGAUGUCGGUAAAUAUUCCAAACUCAAGAACUCUCUGCAACUCCCUGUUGGUGAAGGCUCUCGACGGUGCCGUGAAGACCUUCAUGGGAAUAGGACGGAUCCGCCCAAAACCUCGAGCCCUCGUCACGUGACCGACGGUGCGAUGGCUCGACCGAUGGAGAAGCCGGCGGCGUCUCAGGUCACAUCUCCUGCUAGCGAUGACGACAAGACUCCUACAAACACGCCGAGCACUUCGCCCUGUCUGUCCCCUGCCACCCCAGAAAACACCCCCCCUGCAGCAAAGACCAGCGGCAGCGCCUCCGUUCAGCCUCCAGACGCAGGAUCUCCGCUGGUCCCACGUCCCCUUGCCACCUCCUCCCACAGCAGCCUCCCCGGUCUGAUGUCUGCUGAUGUCAAGAAACUCUUCCCGACGAAAAAGAAAGGGUUCCGAGACCUGGACGCUUGGGUCGCCGGAAUUAACUCGGAUAGCGUGUGGAACGAUGAAGACGACAAUAACGAGGACGAUGAUGACGAGAGCACCCAAAAAGACGAGGACUCGAACUAUGACUCGGACUCGGGGGAGUCGUCGGUGACCGUCACCAGCAACAUGAGCCAGUCGGACCGCAGGAGCUUCUGCGUCAGUCUUUCAGAACUGUGCAACUUCGCUGGGGUUGAGGACGACUGCGAGAACGACCCUGACGACUGGCAGUGUUCGGGCCGGCGCUCAGUCUCGCUGUGCUCGGACGUGUCAGCCCUGUCCUGUGUGUCGGUGAUGCCCAGCGAGGAGCUCGACAGGCUGCUGGAGGACGUCAGGAGCCUGGGUGACAACACCCUGCAGGACUAUAACGAUGUGCAGGUGGUGGUUCUCCACAAGGACAUGGGUGCCGGACUGGGCUUCAGUCUGGCAGGUGGCGUGGACCAGAACAAACCAGUCACUGUCCAUAAGGUGUUUCACUCAGGUGUAGCGGCUCAGGAAGGUUCGAUCAAGGAAGGAGACCAUGUCCUGUCAAUAAACGGGACAGCGCUGUGCGGCUACGCCCACCUGGAGGCGCUGAGAGUCCUGAGGAAGGCGAAGGCUCGUGAGAUGGCGGUGGUGGUCUUAAGGAGGGGGGACAUUAGUGGCUGCUGCAAGGGAAAAGUGCAGGGAGUCAAGCAGGGAGAGGCACAGGCUCCCUUCAUCGAGACAGGCCAACAUGUGUGUGUGUGUCUGGAGAAGAACAACAGGGAUCUGGGCUUCACGUUGGAGGGAGGUGUAGGUUCUAGUUUGGGGGACAGACCCCUUGUCGUACAGAAGAUCUUCCAAGGAGGUCCCGUUGACAAAGUGUGUCCUGGUGAUGAGGUGCUGGAUAUUGAAGGCGUGAGCACAGUAGGGAUGAGCCGCCUGGAGGCCUGGACUUUAAUUAGGAAGCUGGCCCCCGGACCGGUCAAUGUAGUGCUGCAUCGCCCUCUCAAACGCCUGGAAGCAUGAGGAUCACACACGGGGGGUCACAGCAAUGGUCAGGGAACGAUGUUGCACAAACAGCCAUUUGUGAGAGACAGAAUUUCCUGCCAUCAAUAUUAAUUUGCCAAGAAGCUAUAAAAGAACAAAGCCCUAAAGCCUAGUAACAAGCUCUGAAGCCAGGUCUUUUCUGCAGGAUUCCAUCUACCUCUGUUUUUGUCCUGGAAUGUCUGCGCCAGCCAUGGUUACAAUGCACUGAUAGUCACUGAACAGAAGCUAAUAAUGUGGUACCUAUACAAAAAAACAUGUGCUGUAAUACACUGUGAAUAUUUGCUAAAUGCUUUUACAUUUUUUUAACUUUUUAAUAAAUUCUAACAUACCGUGAUGUUACGGUUUUGUCCAGUAGAGGGAAGUAGAGAGACAUUUUUCUGUGUGUGUGUGUGUGUGUGUGUGUGUGUGUGUGUGUGUGUGAGUGUGUGUGUGUGUGUGUGUGUGAGUGUGUGUGUGAGUGUGUGUGUGAGUGUGUGUGUGUGUGUGUGUGUGUGUGUGUG